UAUAGGGUUCACUUGUUUGAACGGCUUAGAAGGUGAAGGUUUAUUAUCUAGGACCCCAUAGAUAAAUUUUCUGUUGCAGGGUUGUUCCAGUGGAAAGCUCUUAAUGGAUCGGGGAAAGUCUGCAGUGCCCAGGGUAAUUCUUCCAUUGAGUGUAGAGGAGAGUACAAGGCAAAGGGAUUUACUUCAAUAUUCAAGUGUGGUAGAAAGCAGAAAAUGGAAUCCAAGCUUGGAGCAAAAGCGGAUAUUAGAGUCUAUGUGGGCUUCUGGAACAAGAAAACCACCGUGUGAAGCCCAUAUAGAUGAAAUUACCUCUCAUCUACAGCGUUAUGGGAAAGCGGAAGCCAAAAAUGUAUAUUAUUGGUUUCGCAAUGAAGGUACUCGAGAGAAACGCAGAAAACAACAAUCAGAAGCCACAAAUUCUGAUUGCUCUGCACAAUCAAACCUGUUGGAAAACAGGGUUAAUGUAGAGGGAGAAGAAGAAGAAGCGCAGAGAACUUUGGAACUUUUUCCUCUGCAUCCUGAUAGAGGCGGUUUAUUAUAGAGUAGGAAACAACCCUCAUCCUUUCUAAAUGCAUAGGAAUUAGGUUUAUUAUAGGCCAGGAACUGUUACUCUAGUGAUCAAUGGCUUAUUUUGCUAUGAUGGUCUAAAAAAUGCCAUUGAUCUGCAGUAAGGUAUUAGGUUUUGUUCAACAAAAUUUCGGACUUGUUCGGUUUCA